UUUGGGGACACACUGACAGGCUCUGCUGAACACCCUUCGGAGACUGCAAAGCAAGACCCCAUUUCCUCUCCACAGCUGGGUGCAAAGAAAAACCAGCCUGUUCCUUGUGAAAUUAUGACUCCCAAGAGAUCCAUCCGCGAUUGCUUUAAUUAUAAUGAGGACUCUCCCACACAGCCCUCAUUGCCCAAAAGAGGGCUUUUCCUGAAAGAAACUCGCGCCAAUGAGCGGAAAGGCAGUGGUGGCAAGAGGCAGACGAUUGACCUGAAGCCAGAGCUCAGCAGAAGCACCCCCUCCCUAGUGGACCCCCCUGACAGAUCCAAACUCUGCUUAGUGUUACGGUCUUCCUACCCCAGCAGCCCUUCUGCUGCCAGCCAGUCCUACGAAUGUUUGCACAAGGUGGGCAUUAGCAAUCUUGAAAACAUAGUCAAAAGUCACAUUAAAGAAAUUUCUUCCAGUCUGGGAAGACUUACUGACUGUCAUAAAGAGAAAUCUCGACUGAAAAAGCCACAUAAGACCUUGGCAGAGGUGCCUCAGUGCCGAACACCUAAACGAGGAACCGGUUCCGGAAAGCAGGCCAAAACCACCAGGGGCUCAGGGGUGCCGAGUGUGGUGCCUCCUGGGACUCCCAAAGCCACAGUGAGACCAGAAACGGAUUCUGCCUCAGCAUCAUCCUCAGCUGAGCUGCGCUAUCAGAGAAACUGGAGCGGGCAAUCGCCAGCGCAGUCCAAGGCCUCCAGCUCACCCCCUUGCAGUCACAGCAGUGAGUCCUCUGUUGGCUCAGACAACACGAGAUCUCCAGUUCCUCUUCUUUCACAGAACGAAAGUCAAAACGAUGGCUCCCCAGCUCCAAGUCAUGUCACCCAGAACGGUCAGGUGGUGGAGGCCUGGUACGGCUCUGAUGAAUACCUAGCGCUGCCAUCUCACUUGAAACAGACAGAGGUGCUGGCGCUGAAGCUGGAAAGUCUCACCAAGCUUUUGCCUCCGAAGCCCAGAGGAGAGCCCAUCCAGAAUAUCGAUGACUGGGAACUGUCCGAAAUGAAUUCCGAUUCUGAAAUCUAUCCAACAUACCACAGCAAGAACACACACACAAGGCUAGGCAGGAUGUCCCCAAGUUCAUCCAGUGACAUAGCUUCCUCUCUCGGGGAGAGCAUUGAAUCGGGGCCCCCGAGUGACAUUCUCUCUGAUGAGGACCUUUGUGUGCCCCUCUCGGGCAUGAAGAAAUACCCCGAUGAGAAAUCAGAGCGGCCUUCAUCCUCUGAGAAGAGCUCAAGCCAUUCUGCGACAAAAUCAGCUUUAAUUCAGAAGCUAAUGCAAGAUAUUCAACACCAGGACAACUAUGAAGCCAUAUGGGAAAGAAUAGAG